AUGAUGAAAACCCAAGAAAUUCUUGAUGAUAAUAGAGCAUUUACAAAAUUAAAGGAUAAUCCUACAGAACAACGUGAACAAGAACUUAUAAAAUUCUUAUUAAGCUUAAAAAAACAAAAAGUGAUUAAUGAUGAAGAAGACAAAUUAAUGCGACAAAAAACAUGCUCUAGGACACUAGAAGCAUAUUUUCUUAUCAAAGUGCACCAGCAGAAUUUACCAGUUAGCCCUAUUAUAUCCAGCUACGAUGCAUAUAACUAUAAUGCAGCUAAAUACUUAGCUAAUUUACUAAGUCCUGCCAUACCUGAAACUAAAUCUUACAUUAAAGAUUCAUUUGACUUCAUUGAUAAAAUUAAACUAAAUAAGAACAAAUAUGGAUUGAUGUGUUCGUUAGAUGUUUCAGCCUUAUUUACUAAUGUACCUUUAGAAAAGGCUAUACCUAUUGUAAUUAAGAAAAUAAGACACUUACAUCCCAAACUUACUAUAGAUGAUAAUAAUUUAACAGAAUUAUUUAAUUAUUGCACGAUGAAAACCAACUUUCUCUUUAAUAAUGCAAAUUAUGAUCAAAUUAACGGUGUCAGUAUUGGCAGUCCUUUAACUCCCAUACUAGCUCAUCUAUUUAUGAGUGAAGUUGAACUUAAAAUUAAGUACUAUAUGGGAAAGAAACCUGAGUUAUUAUAUCGUUAUGUAGAUGAUAUUAUCAUGAUAUUAAAUGGUAACCAAAAAGACAAGUAA